UUAUAAAAAAGCUUUAGUACACAAACAUCGUGCUAUCAAGUGCAUCCUUUUUGCAUAUAAUUAAUAAUCUUUCAUAUAAAAUGAACCCGGAAAAGUUGAAAAAAUUGCAGGCUCAAGCUGCAGAAAUAAGAAUUGGCGGAAAAGGAAUGCCAAGACGAAAGAAAAAGAUUGUACAUACGAGUGCUGUAACUGAUGAUAAGAAGCUCCAAUCAACACUGAAGAAAUUGGCUGUAAAUAAUAUUAAUGGAAUUGAGGAAGUUAAUUUAAUUAAGAAUGAUGGUUCUGUGAUUCAUUUCAAUAAUCCCCGUACUCAAGCCUCUCUCCAGUCAAAUGUCUUUGCAAUUACGGGACAUGGAGAGAUUAAGAAUAUCGCUGAAAUGUUGCCUGGAAUAAUGAAUCAUUUAGGAUCCGAUGGAUUAGCACAAUUAAAACGACUUGCAACUGCUACGAUGGCUUCAAAACAAGGUUUAUCUAACGAGGAUAAUGAUAUUCCAGAAUUGAUUGAGACUUUUGAAUAUGCAAUGAACAGUGUAGAUCAGAAAAAGUCUGAAGAAAUAACUGAAACACCCAGAGAAGUCGUUGAUUAAAAAUCUGCCAUCAAUCGUAGCCUUAAAGAUACUGUCAUAUUAAGGCCCAAAUCAUCCAUUUUCCUCACUUUGAAAUUAAUUAGAAUUAAUCUUGAAUAUACUUUUAUUUUAAUUAAAUCUCAUAAAAGUUUGUUUUAUGGGAAAAAAGAAGAAAAGAUUGGCAAAAAUAUUUUUUUUUCUCUCUUCUAUAUCGUUGCUAUAUCUACAAAUAAACAUUGCAUUUUGAAAUACUA